GGUUCGCGCGCCACCAGCGAUGCUCCUGCGCGCCAACCCGGCGGCGACGGUCGCCGUCCCCAUCCCCUCCUUCCCCACCUCGCCGGCGGCCUCCCGUACUGCCAGGUCCUUCCCCGCGGCUCGCUGCUCCGUGGGAAACCUCUCUCCCGUACGUUUCGAGCCACUUCGCGCCGACCCCGAUCCCCUCUCCCAAAACGGCGUUGAUGUCCGCGCUGGCGCGGCCACCGCCGACGGCGAUGACCAAGACCAGCAGAAGCAACAGAAGCAUGACGAAGAGGGGACGGAGGAUGAGGGCAAGGGGAGCAAGCAGGAGGGCGUCUCCGGCAUCAGCGUGCCGCGCCAGCGCUACAUCGCCGUCCCCAAGGCCGCGCUCCUCGACGCCCUCCUCCCGCUCUUCCCCGCCCAACCACCCGCCGCCGCCGAUGAUUUCACGCGCUUCGCAAGGUGUUUGGACGCGGUCCUGCACGCCGAGCACAAGGAGACGCUCGAGGAGAUGCGCGCGUACUACAUGCUCCGGGGCCAGGAGGAAGAUGAGAAUGACCAAACCUCCACUGUCUCUGACCGUGAUCAGGCAGCGGUGAACGGCAAGGGCUCUGGACUGUUCGGCAAGUCAGGGGACGACGAAAAUGGAGCGUCGUCGUUUCUGUUGAGAAGCCUGGACUGGAGGACUCUGCUCGGCUUAUCCCCGGAUCCUGUUACUCCCACCAGGGUUGCGUUCGCGACUCAUUUCCAGCGUGCCUUCAUGAACCUGCUGCGCAACGCGCAGUUCGAGGAGCUCUCUGCGCAGGACCUGCUCCUCACCUACUCCCUCAACAGCGAUUACCUCCUCACGCUGCCGGUCUACGUCGACUGGAAGAAGGCAGCCGAAUCGAAUGCCAUCAUAUUCCGGCGUGGGUAUGCGACCGAGAGCCAGAGAGGCCUGCUGCUGGUAGAGAAGCUUGAUUACCUGCAGUCAAAGCUGUUGCAGAAUAUUUUCUUCAGCCUUUCCAAACCCUUGGGGAAACUGGGGAAAUGGAUCAAUGAGGCAUUGAAGAGAUCAACAGGGAGCCAGGGAUUUCAGAUCUGGAUUGACAAAUUGAAGCUAUGGCUGAAACAGCAAACUUAUGCAGAGAAUUCACAUAUGCUGAUAGAAAACUAUUCUCAGGACACACUUGUAUCAGAUCAAUUACCAGAUGCAGAUCUUCCUAUUUGGAUUGCUGCACAAAGGGCAGUCUCUCGUUAUGAAGGAUUUCUGUCACCUGUAGGUCCUCGUGGCAGACUUUUAAGGAGGCUGCUUACGUGGACAGGACUAAUCCCAUCCCUUCCAGAAGCAACAGCAAAAUCUGAUGUUGAUACAGAACAACUUGAAGGCUAUGUGAGGCCAAAUUUUCUGCCUAGAAUUACGCUUGCAAAUAUAUGGGAGCCAGCAAGCAGAGAAUCUUGUGACAACAAUUUCUGGGAGAUACUGAAAGCUUCUUUUGGUAUUCUAUUUGCCAAGUCUACUCUGCAGGAACCAGCAUUCCAAGAACUGAUCAUACUUUAUUCUGAUGAUGAUGCUCAAAAUGCUGAGAGGGAUAAAUCUGAGAUGCUGCCACCACAGUUGAAAAUUUACGAGAAAAUACCCAUCCCAGAUCUGCCAGUGGUUUUUCCUCACAAGAAGUUGUCCUUCCGCAUCCUUGAUACUGUAAGGCUGGAUAUAGCUACCGUAGUAGGAUUGUUGGCAUAUGUUGUGAACUACAAAUUUGAGAGUUUAGCUUCAUCUCCGUCAGCUUUCCUUCUUGACGUAGCUGCUUUUACUGCACUUGCAAUACUUGUGUUUCGUGUGACGCUGGGCUACAAACAGACCAGGGAUAGAUACCAGCUUCUGGUCAACAAGACACUCUAUGAGAAGACAUUAGCAAGUGGCUUUGGUUCAGUUUACUUUCUUCUAGAUGCUUCCGAGCAACAACAGUAUAAAGAAGCACUAUUGGCGUAUGCUAUGUUACUCUGCAGAAAUAAGUAUCAGGUGUCAUCUCGCACAAGCAUAAGAGAUAGAUGCGAGCAGUUCAUGUAUGAGAAGUUUAAUGCGAAGAUUGAAAUGCCUAUCGACAAAGCUAUGGAUACGCUGUUGCGGUUGGGUCUGGUGAUCGAGCUGCCAAGUAACGGCAGCUCCUCUGUAAUAGCUCUUCCAUGUCCAGAUGCCUAUGACAUCCUGAGAAGUCGUUGGGACAGUCUGCUGGAACAUAGGACAGACCAAGGGCGAUGAAACCUCGCCACAGAUCGGGCUUCAUUCCUACAGUUGGAAGCCGGAAUGACAGUUUUUUCUAAAAUAAACCCUAGUUUCUAAGCUACAUAUAUAGUAGUAUGCUACAGUUCUUAAGAAAAUAUCUAAGAUUUAUCACUGGAAGGUUUAGGAUCAUAUAUAUGUAUAUAUAUAUAUGUUACGGAGUACAUUCUUUUCGUAAGUUUAAGCCUUAUCAUUGCAAUAAGGUGCUGCACAUGACGAUUGCCAGCAACCAAGGGUUGCAAAGCAUAGGAGAAUUAGAACAAUUCAUUAGUUAAGUACACAGUGAUGACGCUCGUUCUUGUCUUGUGUUCCCAUCAGCCUUUAUAUUAUUGUGUGGAUCAUUGUCUAA